GGGAAAACCGGCGAGCGACCUUUGCUUAUCACCGGUUAUCGCAACAAUGACCGAAGAUUUAUUAUUCGCAUUCGAAACGGAUGAAUGUGAGCAAAAGGACGUGGGAUUUUAAGGACGGGUUUGGCACCUCCUUGGGCGCAGAAAUCAGAGGCAACGAAUGGGCCCCUCUGAUCCUGAUUCCGCUCCUGGCGGCUAUCAUGCUGGUCGCCAGCGUGCUCCUGCUGAUAGUCUUCCGACAGCACCCAACCCUGGUUAUCACCACAGUCGCCGGCUGCCUCCUCAUCGUCACCAUCUACCUGACCUUCACCACAGUGGGGAGCGUAACCGAAACGUACGAAUGAAAACGAAAUAAAACACUUUUUUACGAAACAA